AUGUCUGAGAAAUCUUUUACGCAUAUGGAGUCUGACAAAAAGAAACAAUGGAAGUGUCAAAAAUGUGGGAAUAAACCACCGAAAGCGGAUAACAUAACCCCUAUAAAAUCAUCUCAAUCUUCAUAUGAAGACAACGUAUGUAAUAAUAUAACUACGCGAAAAAUAAACUCGAAAUCUAUCAACUCGGAAAUUGCAACAGAGGAUCUAAGUUUAAUGCUUUCACCUUCCUCGACCGACAAAUUAAUGCCUUUACUUAGAAAAGAAAUUCAAAGUGCAGUUGCCGAAGCUGUUCAAAAUGCUGUAUCCAUUUACUUUUCAAAAGAGUUCGAUUUAAUAAAAAACGAGCUAACUACAUUAAAAGAAUUAAAAUCUACGAUUGAAUUCAUUAGCGCAGACUAUGAUAAAGUUAAGGUAGAUCUGAAAACAUGUGAGAGUAGGGUGAUAGAAUUGUCUCAGGAUAACAAGAGACUAUCCGAUACUAUUUUCGACCUAUCUAAUCGGGUUGCUUUAUUGGAACAACAUUCCCGAGAAAAUAACAUUGAAGUCAACGGUGUUCCCGAAAAUAAAACUGAAAAUUUAGUUUCAAUAGUAAAGCAGCUAGCUUCUACCGUCUCCGCUCCUUUAAAAGACACGGAUAUAGUACACUGUGUAAGAGUGAAAAAAAUGGAUGAAACAAGUAACAAGCCUCGGUCCAUAAUCGUAAAGCUUACUUCCACCAGAGCCAGAGACGAGGUACUAGCCGCUGUUUCUAAGUUUAAUAAAUCAAACAAGGAAAAUAAAUUACAUAGCGGUCAUCUUGGUUUCGGCACAAAGAAAACACCUAUCUACGUUUCUGAACAUCUAUCUCCUCACAGUAAAUAUUUAUACGCCCGAACAAGACAAACAGCUCGUGAAAAGGGCAUUGCAUACGUGUGGAUUAGAAACGGACGCAUAUUUAUUCGUAAAAAUGAUACAUCUCCAGCCAAACAGAUACGUCACAUUGAAACAUUAGGAAAAAUUUAA